AUGCCACCUUGGCACCUGCUCGGCGUCCCGCAGAAAGCCCCGGCGGGCGCACCCGACAAGAUGUUCUCGCUGAAGAAGUGGAACGCGGUGGCCAUGUGGAGCUGGGACGUGGAGUGCGACACCUGCGCCAUUUGCCGGGUGCAGGUCAUGGAUGCCUGUCUUAGAUGUCAAGCUGAAAACAAACAAGAAGAUUGUGUUGUGGUUUGGGGAGAAUGCAAUCAUUCCUUCCACAAUUGCUGCAUGUCCUUGUGGGUGAAACAGAAUAAUCGCUGUCCCCUCUGCCAGCAGGACUGGGUGGUCCAGAGAAUAGGCAAAUAAAACUGGAAGGGUUUCUUUCUGUUGCACUUGUUGGAAUGGUGUGUGUGUUGUGCCCUAUGCUCAUGCAGAAUGGAACGUGUCAGUCAGGACAUGACUCACUUGGUUUAUCUGCUCCAGGACCAGAGUGGGUUUGGUGCACGCCUCUGGCUGCACAAGGUGCAGUCCUGGUCAGGCUCACUGCAGGGGUUCCACAAUUGAAACAGGAGACACUACAUCAAUAAAUGUAUCUGCUAUGAUUAAAGUGUUGUCUGUAUCAGAGCACAGAAACUUAGUGGUGCAGAUUAUAAUCUAAACACAGAGCAUUUAAUCUUUUUCCAUUGAUAAAUGAAUUAAAUUGAAAGAGUCACCUUACCUGAUCUGAUACACUGCAUAGUUUACUGGAUAAAGAAAAUGUUUCCUAAGUACUAUUGUAUGCAAAAAUGGUGUGUUUUUUAAGAAACUAUUCUGGCUUUUAAUCUAAAAUGAACAGUGUGUAAAACAUUUGCUGUGUGCUUUUUCCAUUAUGCUGUAUUAAACAUUUCUUAUUUUAGGUAUUCUUUACGACUUUCGUUUUGUUGUAUCUCUAAGUCUGUUGCUCUGUUAUAUUCUAUACAUGAUUUCUACAACCAUAACAUUAAAAUUUAACCACAUUAAUAUUUUUUAAAUUUAUAUUUCUAUUAGUGAUCAUGGAGACGUGGUACAAAGACAUGUAUUUGAUAUCAGUUAAUUAGAGGUGUAGACAAUCUUGUUGGUUAGCUGAUUAAUAUAGGAAGCAAACAAAAAUGAUAAUUUAAAUAACCCAAGGAAAAGAGGCACUAAUUAAAUCUAGUGAAAAAUGGUAAACUGUGAUUUCAUGAAAAUUCAGUUAAUAGAAAUUUCUUUAUUUUUAUUUGUCCUAGUGUUUUGGAAGCUUUUUUUUUUUCCUUUUUGUGGAAAUCCUGACUAUAUCAUCUUCUUUGAAUUUUUUCUUACAGCUGUUUAAGUGCUCACCACUAACUUUGUCUUUUCUCUAAAUAUCCAAGCUACUAUGAAUCUGAACAUAUGCUGUGGGAUUUUUAAAAUAUAUGUAAUGGAGAGGUAGAAUUAUUGUUUUUAAUCUGUAACAAAUUCAGGCUUAAUCAAAUGGUUAAUCCACAUGGGUGAAAUUGAAGCAAUAUAAUAUGCAUUGUUUACUUCAAAAUUAUCAUCUUUAAUGUUUAAUGUGUUUCUCAGUAGUUGUAUUUCUAUCUAAUUCAAGUACAAUUAAAGAGGUUUGUCUUCACUGUAUAAAGUAGUUCCAAUCUUUGUGUCAUCAAGCAUAUUGCAGAGUUUCUGUGAUUUUGUUUAAUAUUGUAAUCUCGAUUUUAAAAUGUUUUGGUUUUUAAAUGUAGCUUUUGUUUAAUUACACACUGAGAGAAAAAAUCCUGAGUCACCGUUACACUGUAUCACAUCAGUUGUUAUUAUGCCAGAUGAUGUCUGUCUUAAAACAAAUGUAAAAUAUGUUAACAGUAGUAAUGAAGUGCCUAUAGCAUUUACA